UCCACGCAGAUGCGAAAAUCUUUACGUCCAUAAUUGUGUUCUUCUUAAUAUCGUUGAGCACACCGUCUUCUCAAAAGAACAUCCACAUUUUCAGAGUGUUAGCAUCGGCGCCUCUGCUUCUACUUAAUCACUAUAAAGUUUGCUGCAUUAUUGUUUUUUAUCACAGUAGGAUGAAAAACAUCUAUUGGUGAAAAACGAAAAUUCAGCCCUUCAAAGAAAGACUAAAGAAUUUCAGAGGAACUUAUUGCACGUGAUUGUCAUUUACAUAUUUGCUUCUGACACUUGAAUCACAUUCAUUGAUUCUCAGGCAAUGGACAAAAGGACUGAACUUGGUGCCGGUGCAUCAUCAUCACCUUCUACUGGAACCGGAUCCAGGUUCUCCAAUUUGAACAAGUCCUUCAAGUUUGCUCUCCGUUCUUUGCUCACUUCAUGCUCAAAGGAGGAAUUUUAUAAAGCAUUUUCAAGUUUCACCAACACUGAAAAAGAAUUGCUUCAUCUGCUAUUUCUUCAGGUCGUUACUUCUUUGCACGAAAAUAUAGAGGAUGAGUUUGAAGCAAUCUGUCUUCAAACACAGGUUGGAGCCACUCUUGAUGCUGUAGAGGAAAUUGUGGAAGAGCAAGAUCUUGAUCUCUUGGUUUCAAAUAGGAGUAAUAUAAUGGAUGUUGCUGAGAAUCUGUCUACAGCAAAGAAGAAUGAAAUCCAACACUUAAUGCAUAUGGUGCAAUUGGGAGAGAAACGUAAUCAAAUGCUUCGCACCCAAUUGCAACGCCUUAGGGAAGGUAGUCAAGUCUUAUCUGGUUCUUCACAGGCUGUUGAGAAGCAGCUCAGAAGCAUGAAUAUAAAUUAUGGGGCCAACAACGGUGAUGGGAUCCGUGAUGUAUAACAAGUCGAGCACACAUGCUCUCCUGUAAAUUAACAAAGAUUCAUCCUCUGGUGGAUCAUUCCCAUGCUUUCAUGUUGUUGCAGUUCUGAAAAUUCAAAUAUUCACUAGGCAAUCUUAACAAUGUACCUUUGUAUAGUUUCAUUAUUAGGUUUUCAACACUUUCUGUGUUUUAAAGUUCAGUGAAAAGCAAAGUAGCUUUUGUUUUUUCGUAAGCUUUGUACGUAUGUGACACUCACUACAUUUGGUCUUCUUUAAAUGAGCCUUGUGAAAUCGUGGCAGUGUAUGAUGAUAUGGAUUCCUAGUUCAUCCUUACAAACGGGUUGA